AUGUCAGAAAGUGAACAAGAUGUAUCUGUGCUUGGAAAGCGGUCGCGAGGCGGCCAGGAAGACGUAAAAGACGAGACUAUGGACAGCUCGCAGGUCCCGGCGAAGGAGGAAGAGGAGGACGAUGAUGAUGACGUUGGACCGAUGCCCAUGCCUGCGGAAGCUAGCGGGAAUGGUAUUGCUAAGAAGAGACGAAAAGUCUUGCCUCACGAGAAGCUCUACUUGGACCAUCUCCCGAGUGCGGAUCGCUACCACAAAAGCUUCAUGCACCGGGAUGUAGUCAACUUCAAUAUUAUGACGAAAACGGACUUCCUGCUGACCACUUCCGUGGACGGUCAUCUCAAACUGUGGAAAAAGCAGGAACAGGGUAUCGAGUUUGUAAAACAUUACCGGGCACACCUCGCUCCGAUUGUUGGAGUGUCUGCCAGCGUGGAUGGGCAGCUAUUCGCGAGUGUGGCUGAAGACGGCACGGCGAAGGUCUUCGAUGUGGUCAAUUUCGACAUGAUCAACAUGAUCAAACUGGGCUACACGCCCCAUGCAUGUUGCUGGGUUCACAAACGUGGUCAAGCCCAGGGUUUGCUUGCGGUCUCAGAUCGGAACUCCGGCACCAUACGACUCUACGACGGGCGUGGCAAUGACCAGCCGCUGGAGACAGUCGACAAGCUGCACCGAUUCCCCGUGCACGUCAUGACUUACAAUGACAGAUUUGACUGCGUGAUUUCUGCUGAUGAAGGCGGCUUCGUCGAGUAUUGGCAACCCAGAGAGCCGUUCGAGCUGCCGAAGAACGUACCCGGGCUUUGGUCGUUCAAGAGCACGACUGGCCUUUACGACUUCAAGAAGUCAAAAUCAACGCCGACAUGCAUCACACUCUCACCGGACUCAUCAUCGUUUGUGACCUUCUCACUUCCCGACCGUCAGAUCCGCAUCUUCUCGUUCCUCUCGGGAAAGCUCACCCGGAAGUACGACGAAUCUUUGGAGGCAAUCCAAGAGAUGCAGCAAGCUGAAACGGCUAUCUACAAGGUGGAAGACAUGGAGUUCGGGCGGCGCCUUGCUGCCGAGCGGGAGUUGGAGCUUCCGGGCCCGGAUGGGCACGUACCCGGGCGGUGGAUCAACGCUGUUUGGGAUGAGAGCGGGGCCUUUGUGCUCUAUCCAACCCUGCUUGGGAUCAAGGUGGUUAACACUGUUACGAACCGCGUCGUGCGCCUUUUGGGGAAGGACGAGACCGUCCGGUGGAUGAAUCUGACGCUGUAUCAAGGGGCUCCCGCGAAGAAAGGGUUGACGACUGCGGCGGCGGCCGCGUCCGCUAACCCGCUUUUGGCGGAGAAGGCUAUGAGGGAUCCUACGCUCGUCAGCACCGGGUAUAAGCGACAGCGAUUCUACAUGUUCACUCGCUCCGAGCCAGAGGAUGACAAGUCCGGAGACCGUGAUAUCUUCAACGAGCGACCUACUCGUGAGGAGCAGACAGUUGCGUCAUCCACAACUGCUGUCGGGAAGGGCGGGCCCUCUCCUAUUGCGAACGCCGCCACCAUUCACACGACACACGGUGACAUCCAUAUGAGGCUCUUCCCUCAGCAAGUGCCGAAGGCCGUGGAGAACUUCGUCGGGCACGCCCGGAGCGGGUACUUCGAAGGCAUCAUCUUCCACCGUGUUAUUCCGAAGUUCAUGAUCCAGACGGGAGACCCGCUGGGCGACGGUACCGGAGGGACAUCCAUCUGGGGGGAUGAGUUCGAGGAUGAGUUUUCUGACGACUUGAAGCACGAUAGGCCGUACACCGUUAGCAUGGCGAAUGCAGGACCCAAUACGAACGGCUCGCAGUUCUUCAUCACCACGACGGCUACGCCCUGGCUCGAUAAGAAGCACACCAUCUUCGGAAGGGUGCUCUCCGGACUGGAGGUGGUCCAUGCGAUUGAGAACGUGAAGACGAACAAACUGGAUAAGCCGUAUGAGGACAUUAAAAUUAUCAACGUCGAUGUAGAAUAG